AUGCCGACACGGAACGGCUGCUAUUGUCAGGUGGGCUGGGAAAUGGAUCCAGGCGCAUUCAUCAGAAGCAUUCUGAUGUUUGUGACCUUGCCGGUGUGGCUGCAGUUUCAGCCUACACUUGUCGUUAGAGCAGGUGUAUGCCCCCAGGAGUCGGCCCAGGAGUGCGUGCUGAGGCUCAUUGGUGAAUGUUUGGUCAUUGAAAGAUUUGAAAGGCUGUGGCUGAACCAGCUGGUGGAUGCAGUCAACGCAUCAGACCCGACACAAAAGGUCUCGAUGACGGCAUCAGCGGAAAUGGCUGAGCUCUGCUCUUGCCCACCAUCCGAAGAGCUUCGAUGGGAGGCUGCGGGUGGCAAUGCAGAUCCUGCCAUGACUUGCCCGAAGAUGCUGCAGGUUACGGAUUGGGGUCCAUGCCACAGCGUCCACCACGGAGACUGCUAUGGAGCCACGGGCUGA